ACUACACCCAAAACACUAGAAGCAUGGGAAGGUCAAGCUGUUUCUUCUUCUUCUUCUUAAUCUUGGUCUUCUUUGCCUUCUUUUCAGCACUUGUAACUGCUUCCGAGCGGAUGGUUGAUGGGGAGCUAAGCAUAAAUUUGGUUGUAUAUAAGCACAAGCACAAACAUUCGGGUUUCAGCGCAGCAGAGUGCCCAGGUGCAUGCCAGUACAGAUGCUCGAAGACAGCUUACAAGAAGCCCUGCAUGUUCUUCUGCCAGAAAUGCUGCUUCAAAUGCAGAUGCGUUCCUCCUGGCACAUAUGCCCAUAAGGAGGUCUGCCCUUGCUACAACAAUUGGAAGACUCAGAGGGGAGGCCCAAAAUGCCCUUGAUUAAUCUCCUAAUUAAUCUCCCAGAUGCUUAAAUGCUUGAUUAAGAAGAUGGUUUCUG